AUGAGUACCAUAUUGGAAAAAAUUUCAGCCAUAGAGGCCGAGAUGGCCCGAACGCAAAAAAAUAAAGCCACUGCACUCCACUUAGGUAUUUUAAAAGCAAGAUUAGCUAAACUAAGGAGAGAAUUGAUUACUCCCAAAGGCGGCGGUGGUGCUACAGGCGAAGGUUUCGAUGUUGCGAAAACUGGUGAUGCCCGUAUUGGUUUUGUGGGUUUUCCAUCAGUAGGCAAAUCGACUCUGUUGUCCAACUUAGCUGGAGUGUAUUCAGAAGUAGCGGCAUAUGAGUUCACAACAUUGACCACUGUUCCUGGUUGUAUUAAAUAUAAGGGUGCUAAAAUACAGUUGCUGGAUUUGCCUGGUAUUAUUGAAGGUGCGAAAGAUGGUAAAGGUCGUGGUCGUCAGGUUAUUGCUGUAGCGAGAACAUGCAGUCUAAUUUUCAUAGUAUUAGAUGUCUUAAAACCGCUACAACAUAAGAAGCUAUUAGAACAUGAAUUGGAAGGUUUUGGCUUGCGGUUAAACAAACAACCACCUAAUAUAUAUUUUAGGAAGAAAGACAAGGGCGGUAUUAAUUUGAACACUACUUGUCCACAAUCAGAGCUUGAUGUGGAAGCAGUAAAGACUAUACUCUCUGAAUAUAAAAUACACAAUGCUGAUAUAACUUUGAGAUAUGAUGCUACAAGUGAUGAUCUUAUUGAUGUGAUUGAAGGAAAUAGAAUUUAUGUGCCCUGUAUCUAUUUGUUGAAUAAGAUUGAUCAAAUAAGCAUAGAAGAAUUGGAUGUAAUUUACAAGAUACCUCACUGUGUACCAAUAUCGGCACAUCACAGAUGGAAUUUUGAUGAUCUACUGGAGAAGAUGUGGGAAUACCUAAAAUUAAUCAGAAUAUAUACAAAGCCGAAAGGACAACUGCCAGAUUAUAAUUCACCGGUUGUACUGCAUGCGGACAAAACUAGUGUAGAAGAUUUUUGUAAUAAGCUGCAUAGGUCGAUUGUGAAAGAAUUCAAAUACGCUUUAGUAUGGGGCUCUUCCGUGAAGCAUCAACCGCAGAAAGUUGGUAUUGAACAUGUCCUAGCUGAUGAAGACGUAGUCCAGAUUGUCAAGAAAGUAUAA